CGACUGGGCGCGAGACAACGAGAAAGUUGCUGGUGCCACUGGCUGCUUCGCGCAUCUUCAAGAAUCCAGUCACGACCCCCGUAUAUAAGAGACUCGACCCUCGCCACGGCCUCGCCUCUCUUCCUUCUCCAUAGACUCCCACUUCAACACUGUCUUUCAACAUUGUUUAGCCAAAGCAUACUCAACCCACCCUCUCUUGCACUAGGAAUCGAGUCCCUGCUAACGUAACAACUACAACACCAUGACUUCGUUUGAUCAAUACACGGAUCGGGCAGCCAAGGCCGUCGCUGACAGCUUCGAGCUGGCCAAAAGCUAUGCCCAUGCACAACUCACUCCCAUCCACCUCGCUGUUUCUCUCAUCGACCCGGCACCGGACAAGCACAACCAGGGCACCAACGCCUCGCCGCCCAUGUUCCGCCAGGUCAUCGAGCGAGCAAACGGUGACCCACAGCAGUUUGAACGCUCGCUGAAGAAGGCCGUGGUGCGUCUUCCGAGCCAAGAUCCGCCGCCGGAGCGCACCUCCCCUUCACCUGCCAUGUCCAAAGUGCUGCGCGCCGCCGAGGAGCUCAGCAGAACGCAGAAGGACAGCUACAUCGCCAUCGACCACCUCAUCCAGUGCCUCGUGCAAGAUGCAUCCGUCCAGCGCUGUCUCGCAGACGCCAACGUCCCGAACACGAAGCAGAUCGAUCAGGCGAUCCAAGCAAUCCGGGGCACAAAGCGAGUGGACUCUAAGACGGCAGACACCGAGGACGAGAAUGAGUAUCUAAAGAAGUUCACGAUCGACAUGACAACAAUGGCCCGAGACGGCAAGAUUGACCCCGUCAUCGGUCGGGAGGAGGAAAUCCGACGAGUGAUCCGCAUUCUGUCGAGGCGAACCAAGAACAACCCCGUCCUCAUCGGAGACCCUGGUGUGGGUAAAACGACAGUUGUCGAGGGUCUCGCACGCCGAAUUGUCGACGCUGAUGUACCCGCACACUUGGCAGCGUGCAAGCUGCUCUCUUUGGAUGUCGGAGCCUUGGUCGCUGGCAGUAAAUACCGAGGAGAAUUUGAAGAACGCAUGAAGAGUGUUUUGAAGGAGAUUGAGGAGUCCAAGGAGAUGAUUGUCCUCUUCGUCGACGAGAUGCAUCUUCUCAUGGGGGCUGGAUCUACCGGAGAGGGCGGCAUGGACGCUGCUAACCUUCUCAAGCCCAUGCUUGCCCGUGGACAGCUUCACUGUAUCGGCGCAACAACCCUAAACGAGUACCGCAAGUACAUCGAGAAGGACCAGGCCUUCGAACGACGUUUCCAGCAGGUCUUGGUCAAAGAGCCUUCGAUCCCCGAGACUGUUUCUAUCCUCCGAGGAUUGAAGGAGCGAUACGAGACCCAUCAUGGUGUCACUAUUCUAGACGGCGCUAUUAUGUCCGCUGCCACGCUAGCCGCUCGGUACCUUACACAGCGUCGGCUCCCCGACUCUGCGGUUGACUUGAUUGAUGAGGCUGCAGCCGCAGUUCGCGUCACUCGAGAAUCGCAGCCAGAAGCACUCGAUAACCUCGAGCGCCGCCUUCGCCAGCUGGAGAUCGAAAUUCACGCCCUCGAGCGCGAGAAGGAUGAGGCUGCUCGUGCUCGUUUAAAGGAAGCCAAAGCGGAGGCUGCCAACGUAGAGGAGGAAUUGAAGCCUCUUCGUGAGAGUUACGAAAGGGAGAAGGAACGUGGCAAGGAGAUUCAGGAUGCUAAGAUCAAGCUCGAGAAUCUCCGGAACAAGCUCGCCGAGGCUGAACGUAUCCGCGACCUCCAAACGGCUUCCGACCUCAAGUACUACGCCAUCCCCGACGUCGAACAACGCAUUGUCGAGCUUGAGAAGGAGAAAGCGAGGGCGGAUGCCGACAUGUGGAGCCGCCAGGGCGGAUCAGGCACCGCUCUUCUCACUGACGCCGUUGGACCAGACCAAAUCAACGAAAUUGUCGCCCGCUGGACUGGCAUCCCAGUUACCCGCCUCCGGACGACUGAGAAAGAAAAGUUGCUCCACAUGGAACGCCACCUCAGCGAGAUUGUCGUUGGCCAGAGAGAAGCAGUCACGUCCGUUUCGAAUGCUAUCCGACUGCAACGCUCGGGUCUCGCAAACCCGAAUCAACCACCCAGCUUCCUCUUCUGUGGUCCCUCUGGUACUGGCAAGACGCUGCUUACAAAGGCACUCGCCGAGUUCCUGUUCGACGACCCAAAGUCAAUGAUUAGGUUUGACAUGUCUGAAUACCAGGAACGUCACUCUUUGAGUAGGAUGAUUGGCGCACCACCAGGGUACGUCGGACACGAUGCCGGAGGCCAACUUACCGAGGCUCUUCGCCGACGCCCUUUCUCCAUUCUCCUGUUCGAUGAAGUGGAAAAGGCCGCAAAGGAAGUCCUCACAGUUCUGUUGCAGCUCAUGGACGAUGGUCGCAUUACUGACGGCCAAGGCCGUAUCGUUGAUGCAAAGAAUUGUAUUGUCGUCAUGACUAGCAAUCUCGGCGCUGAAUACCUAGCCCGACCCAACUCUCCAGAUGGCCGUAUUGACCCAACAACAAAGGAGAUGGUCAUGGGUGCUCUGCGCGGCUACUUCCUUCCGGAAUUCCUCAACCGUAUAUCCAGCAUCGUCAUCUUUAACCGCCUCACCAAGAAGGAAAUUCGCAAGAUCGUCGACGUCCGCAUGAUUGAAAUCCAGAAACGUCUCUUGGCUAACGGGCGCAAUGUGAAGAUCGACAUGACAACCGAAGUCCGCGAUUAUCUCGGCUCGGCUGGAUACUCACCUGCUUACGGCGCCAGACCGCUCGCGCGAUUGAUCGAGAAGGAAGUCCUCAACAGGCUCGCCGUCAUGAUCCUGCGCGGUUCGAUUAAAGACGGAGAGGUGGCCCGCGUGGUGCUCGAGGAUGGUCACAUCCAAGUUCUACCAAACCAUACGGAUUCGGAGGAGGAUAGCGAGAUGUAUGAUGAGUCUGAUGCGAUCGACGAGUUGGAGGAUGAGGUCGAUGGAGGUAUGGAUCUCUACGACUAAGCGUCUUCGCGGUUGAUUAUAGACGGCAAUUAUGGAUAAAUGUUCUGAAUGCAUGGCGGAAUGAGUAAUGAGUCACGACUGAUGGAAUUUCCUUUUUAAAAGUAACGGAUUUGGAUGAGGUCGAAGGUCAGCGAAAUUGGCCAUUGUAUAUAUAGUAUUCGGUUGGAACCUCCCUGAAGUUAACUUUAAAGCAAUCCUUUCUUGUAUAAGUGAAUAGAAAAGCGCACUAAUCAUAAGGGAGCUAGUGCCAAGCAAGAUUCUCUAAACUCACAUCAACACCAAAGAGCAUUACAUUGUC